AUGUAAUAUAUAUUAAGACCUGCUACCUCCCGCUCUCGCCCGGCUGGAACAAGAAGAUUUCCAUCUAGCAGACAGGUACCCUGCCGUUCCGUAACCGCUUACCGUCAAUUCUGUGGUGUCUUGCGCUCGCUGGCUGUUCAGGACACAUUUAACGCCGACAUCAUGUCAAAGAAUAUUAUCACCGUGUUCGGCGCCACCGGAAAACAAGGCGGCAGCGUCGUCGACAUCUUUCUCAAUGAUCCCAAACUCAAGAACGACUGGACCGUCCGUGCUGUGACUCGUGAUACCUCUUCAGACCGUGCCAAGGCUUUGGCUCCCAAGGGCGUCGAAGUGGUAGCUGCCGACCUCGAGGACAAAGAUUCACUGGUCAAGGCUGUGACGGGAGCUUCAGCCGUGUUCGGAGUGACAAACUACUGGGAGAAACUGGACAAGAACAUCGAAAUCCAGCAGGGCAAGAACCUCGCUGACGCUUCCAAGGAAGCGGGUGUCGACCACUUCGUCUGGAGUUCCCUCCCUCACGUCGAAAAACUCACCAACGGCACGCUUCCGAACGUCUACCACUUUGAUUCCAAGGCGGAGGUGGAGGAGUACGCCCGCAAACUCGGCAUCCCGGUGUCCUUCUUCCAUGCAGGCUUCUACAUGAGUAACCUGUCCGAGGGCAUGAUCGCGAAGGCCGAAGACCGAGGCGGGGCAUGGACCCUACGGUUCCCCUUCGACGGCAACACGCCAAUCCCGCUCUUCGAAGCGGCGACAGACACGGGCAAGUUCAUCAAGGGCAUGGUGCUCCACCGUGACGCCGUGCUCGGGAAACAGAUCCUCGGAGCUACGGCGUACGUAACUCCCGACGAGAUCAUCGCGACCUUCCGAGAGCUGUUCCCCGAGGCUGGCGCCAACGUGGCGUACCAGGAGGUUGCACCGGAGGUGGCCAAGCAGGCUUUUCCGGGGCCGGAGUUUGUGAAGCUCGAGAUGCUGGAGACCCUGCUUCUGAUAGGGCGGUAUGGGUAUUACGGCGGUGCUGGGUUGGAGGAGAGUCAUGCCAUCGUGGAGGACAAGUUGACGACGUGGAAUGAGUAUGCGAAGCAGGCGCCAGGAUUUAAGGACCUAAAGUAGUCGACUCGAUGUUGUCUGAUAGGCAUGUCUUGGAGUUCGCUUGAUGGAAGAGCGAACUCGGGGAUGUGGGCUCGUUCAAUAUCUGGUCGACCUCUCAAUGUUUGUCGACGUUCACUCACUGCAUUUUUACGAAGUCCGUUCGUCAUUACCUUAGGUACAGUGGUCUGACAAAAGGACCGAAGCACUUUCCAUAAUCGC